AUGAAGGAUGGGCAGCGCAAUCAGGACAAGCAAGAAAAAGAGAGGGAACAAAAUAAGCUGACGCCACCGCAAAGCCAUCGAAGGGCGAGCUUUGUUCAACCAGGGCGGGCGUUCGACGGCGAAGAUCUGUCGGCGGCGGCCAGUGGUGGUAGCUACAUCGAGGUCGGGUUGCACCGACUAACAGCUACGCCGCAUUCUCUCCGGCAGCAGCUUGACCUUGACCAGCUUCGUGCCAGAAAGAAGCCCAAGGACAAAGACCCAAGGACCAAGGACCGACCCAAGAUGCGCCAAGGUCAUGUAUAUAUAUGUAGGUGGAUGGAGAUGGGCCCUUUUUCCACCCAUCCAGACACCCCAGGACAGGCAGACAGACAGACCAAGCAGACAAGCAUCGAGCAGGCAUCCCGCGACUUGUCCAACCAACCAACCAACCGCCCGUCAGUCAGUCAGUCAGUCCACCUCCUCCGCCGCCAGUCGAAGCGAGAAAAAGAGGGUGUCGUCAAGCGAGCCUCUUCCGCCCUGGCAGGGCUGCUCCACCACUUGGAAUACCCGCCGUCCUCUAACCGUCGCUCGAAGCAAGUCCUUACUCUGUCACGCCUGAACCAAAGAAGAAAACGACCGCCAGGGGAUGCACAUAAUCUCCCGUCCUCAAAGUUCCAGCUAGGGAGGAAGGCCAAAAAGCAAGACAGCCAACCGACCAGGCGGAUAUCCAGGUUCAUUUCUCCUACCGACGCCCCUUGUCCUUGGGGCUUGCUGGCCGGGGAAGAUGGAUAUCAGCGGGUAACUAACAAGCAGCCUAGCAUUGAAAGUACGGAUGCUGAGUCCUGUAUUGUAAUCGUGACGCCGCACCCCGGCCAUCCUCGGCCGUCGUCCUAUCACUUGCAUCCUCCAUGGCCGGCGCAAGUUGCCCGAACAGGGAAUAUUCUGGAAAUCCGCAGCUUUCACGAACUCGCCCGCUAG